AUGACAAUUACUCAGCACCCUUGGUGGAAAAAUGCCAUCGUUUACCAGAUCUAUCCGGCGUCCUUCCAGGACUCCAAUGGCGACGGCAUCGGCGACUUGCAGGGUAUCAUCCAACGGCUAGAAUACAUCAAAUCGGUUGGGGCCGAUGUUGUUUGGAUCUGUCCAAUGUAUCAGAGUCCCCAGAUAGAUAUGGGUUACGACAUUUCUGACUACCAGGCCGUGCAUGCCCCCUAUGGCUCAAUGGAAGACAUGGAUAAGCUCAUAUCCAGGGUGCAUCAACUCGGCAUGCGUAUCAUACUCGAUCUUGUGGUGAACCAUACUUCUGAUCAGCAUUCAUGGUACGUCUAUCACUCCUCUGUACAUUCUCCUGGGUCUCAUCGUUUGGCGCAGGUUCAAGCAGUCACGAUCGUCCAGGUCUAGCCCAAAACGCGAUUGGUAUAUCUGGAAGCCCGCCAAGUACGAUGCUUGUGGCAACCGAAAGCCACCAAAUAAUUGGCGCUCCAGCUUCGGUGGUAGCGCCUGGCAGUGGAACGAGCAUACGCAGGAGUACUACCUCCAUCUCUAUUGCCCAGAGCAGCCAGAUUUGAAUUGGGUUGGUUUCAGCAAUCUCCUCAGCAGAGACGUGACUGACGGCCUGCCUCGCAGAAUAACGAUGCAGCCCGGCGAGCAAUAUACGAAAGCGCCAUGAUCUCCUGGUUGGAGAAGGGCGUCGAUGGCUUUCGCGUGGACACGGUCAAUAUGUACAGCAAGGAUCCGAGAUUUCCAGACGCUCCAAUUACCGACCCCAACUCUGAGUGGCAAGAAGCCGGUCUAGUAUAUUGCAAUGGGCCCCGCAUGAACGAAUACCUUUCGGAGAUGAAUGCCAUCUUGAGUCGGUACGAUGCCAUGACAGUCGGAGAGUGCCCCUUUACACCCGACAGGAAUACUGUCCUUGGCUACGUCGGUGCAUCCAAGAAGCGCCUCAACAUGGUCUUCCAAUUCGAUGUCGUGGAUGUCGGCAUGGGCAAAGUCUUCAAGUAUCAGGCAACGCCAUUUGCCUACUCACUACGUGAAUUGAAAGAAUCCGUUGCACGUACACAAGGACUGCUCUCUGGAACUGAUGCAUGGACAACCUCAUUCGUUGAGAACCACGAUCAAGCGAGAAGCAUUUCUCGAUACGGCAACGACACUGCCCAGUGGCGAGAACGAUCAGGCAAGAUGUUGGCUUUACUGUUCGCUUCGCUUUCAGGGACGCUCUUCAUCUAUCAGGGACAAGAGAUUGGUAUAAUUAAUAUGCCACCUGACUGGCCCAUUGAGGAAUACAAGGAUGUCGAGUCCUCGAACUACUACAAAAUGGUGGCUCAGCGCAGCAACGACAAUGAAACCGAGUUGAUGAACGCCAGGGCAUCCCUUCAGCACCUAGCACGCGACCAUGCGCGCACGCCGAUGCAGUGGAGUUCUUGCCCCAAUGGUGGCUUCACGGAAGACUCUGUGAAGCCAUGGAUGCGGGUCAACACUUCCACCUCAGAUAUCAACGUGGAGCAGCAGAAUUCUACCAAACACUCUGUGCUAGCAUUCUGGAGAGAGAUGCUUGCAACCCGGAAAACAGCAAGUGACAUGCUGAUCCAUGGGCAAUUCGAGCUCGCAGACGAAGACAAUGACAAAGUGUUCUCUUUCUUCAAGCAUGGGAAGACUCGGAGCGCUUUGGUGAUGUGCAACUUCUCGUCAGGCCCUGUCGAGGUUCCGCGAUUAGUUCCAGACCUAAGACGUGAAGUACUGAUUGAUAACGUGGCUGGUACGAUCGACCAAGAGGUGCUGGCGCCUUGGGAGGGGAGAAUUUACGCCCUGGAUAAAUGCACAUAG